AUGUUAUUUGAGCUUGAGAACUUUGAUAAAGAAGCUGAUAAAAUUUUAUACAUGAAUUAUCAGUUAGAAUGCGGAGGGACAUUGCAGAUGCCCAAAAAUCUAAAUUAUGGUGGGAGUUCGUAUAACAACCUUACCUUGGGUCCCCGUCUACAAGUACAUCCGGAAGUGAUAAUAAGCACAGAGGCAAACAUCAGAGAAAAGACCAAUAAUGGUGAAGAUUCUGAUCAGGACAUUAAAAAAUUUAGUGACCCCGAUAUUGAUAAUGAUUUGGAUGAUAUCGACGAUGAAGGCCCGAAAGAGCCAAAAACUAAAAAAUCCCAAAUUCGCGCUGAUUUGUUCACAAAAUCCCAAACGAAAAAAUUUAGAGGAGCAGAACGACGCGCUGCGAUUCCUCCCUCUGCGAUUCGAUUGUUAGCUUCUCCCACUCUAUUUUCACAGCGGAGGCACUAUUCUCAGCUCGUUAAAUCUAAUGGAAAGCGAUUGUUUCUCAUCGACACUUUAGCUUUGGUUAGGAGAUUAGAGGUGGAAGGUCUGCCUUCGAAGCAAGCCGAGGCAAUAACAGCAGCCAUGACUGAAAUUUUGAAUGACAGCUUAGAAAAUGUGUCUCUUUCAGUUGUUUCCAAUACUACUUGCUCAAUUCCUUCCCUUCCAUUUCAAUGAAAAAGAAUUCAACCAUGGUUUACCAUCCUAUUUAUUUAGAAAAAAAGAGAGAGAGAGAGGAAAUCAGGUA